UGUUUAUUGGUGAACACAUUGGUGUUGACGUCACUACGAACAUGGCGCUGGGGUCGGUCAGGAGUUGUUUCGCGUCCUUUACGUUUCUCGGCAGAAGCUUGACGCCGCCGGAGAUUAAAACUGUUUGCUGCUACCACAAAAAAGUGGUGGAUCAUUAUGAAAACCCAAGAAAUGUUGGCUCCCUGGAUAAGAAGGCGAAGAAUGUGGGGACUGGUUUAGUAGGAGCUCCUGCCUGUGGGGAUGUCAUGAAACUUCAGAUUCAGGUUGAUGAGGAGGGAAAGAUAGUGGAUGCCAGGUUCAAAACGUUUGGUUGUGGAUCAGCAAUCGCUUCAAGUUCCCUGGCCACAGAAUGGGUUAAAGGCAAAUCGGUUGCUGAAGCUAUGGAAAUUAAGAACACCGAUAUCGCCAAGGAAUUGUGUCUUCCACCGGUAAAGCUUCAUUGCUCUAUGCUUGCAGAGGACGCCAUCAAGGCAGCGCUGACGGACUACAAACUAAAACAGAAGGAUGAGGAGAAAGUGGCGAAGGCUAAAAAUUAAACCGCAUUCUUAAUCUCGAGAGCAAGCAAAUGCUUUAACAUCUUUGCAUAAUUUAAGCCCAUGCUGUGCUCCCCAAAACCAAACAUAUCCUUAAAGUAACAACAUCCUUCUGUACUACUGCUGUGUGUGUAUUGCCUCUGCUGAGGAGUUUCAGAUGUUUGCAUUGUCAUGAUUGCUGUGAAGUGUUGAGAAGAAGCUUUCAUUAUUUUUUGGAUUUGAUGUGUGAAAAUGUGGUUGGUUUCUCUUAAUGUCUUUCUGAAUCACGCACAAAGAUGGAGGCAUUCGUCUGUGUUUUUUUUUUUUUUUUAUUAUUAUUAUUAUUAUUCAAAUACUAAUCCAUGGAGCAAAACAGCAGGGAUUCACCAAAACCAAAAAAAUAUGAGCUGUUUAGUCAGUAACUACACUUGUAACUUAGAAAAGCAUUUCCUUAAUUGUCCUCAGGCACUUAAUGAUCAUCACAACAGAAUACAUCUGUUAAUUAUAACACAUUGAAUGAGGCCAGAGGCAGUCUGUUAAAAAUGUAUAUUUCUUUAUGUUAAAUAUCCUGUAAAAAUGGCAGUUAUUAAUAUACGCACAACUAAACAAAAUAAUUAAAUGCUGUAUUCUACUGUUGAAGCUUAAAUAAAUUAUGAAAACAAA